CCGGGCGCUUCCGGCAGAGCCGGCUGGGGAGGGAGCCCUGGUCGGUGUGAGCGGGAGGCAUCCUGGCCGGGGCCCGGGAGGCCGGGCAGGGAGCUCUGCGAAGCUCUCAUCAGCCGGUCGCACGGGAGGGGCCGGUGACCUCACGGUGGCCCGCACGCUGCGGCCAUUUAAUUCGGUCCCUCGGCCCUGGCGGUCACGCUGCUCCCCAAGUCCGCCAGGCAUUUACGCAGCUGAUCAGGCGAACUCCAACCUGAAACUGAGCGUCCACACCGCGGAAGAUGCGCGCGUCCCUUCCAGAGCCCAAGGUUGGAGACCUGAUCGAGAUUUUCCGCCCGUUCUACAGACACUGGGCCAUCUACAUUGGUGAUGGAUAUGUGGUCCACCUGGCCCCUCCUGGUGAAAGUGCAGGAGCUGGUGUAGCCAGCAUGAAAUCUGUCCUGACUGAGAAGGCCAUGGUGAAGAAGGAACUGCUGCACGAUGUGGUUGGGAAAGACAAGUACCAGGUCAAUAACAAACACGAUGACAAGUACUUGCCGCUGCCUCCUGGCAAAAUUGUCCAGUGUGCAGAGAAGUUGGUGGGGCAGGAGUUGCCUUAUUCGCUGCCUGGCCAGAACUGUGAGCACUUUGUGAAUGAACUGCGAUAUGGAGUCCAUCGCAGUGACCAGGUCAGAGAUGCUGUCAUGGCAGCUGGCAUCGCAGGAGUAGGCUUGGCAGCUGUGGGCCUCGUUGGAGUUAUGCUGUCAAGAAACAAGCGAGAAAAGCAGUAGAUUGAAGGGACUGUCGUGUCCACAAUGACUUGAUGCAUUAAGGGGUACUCCGAUUGCCAGAGGUUUGGUCUGUGGAUCUCAUUCUGUUUUAUAAUAAGGCUUAUUUUCACAGAAUAAAAGAAAGCCCCCACAAGGAGGGUUUUAUUGGGGGAAAUGCAGGAA